UCAUUUUCUUGACCUUCCAUUUUCUCAUAUAUUUUCCGCCACGCUCCACUCUUCAUUUUUCCAUAUACUGUACCUUACUGCUAAAAUUUGGGGUUUGUCUUUCCAUUUCUCAAUUCUACGAUUCCAUGGAGUUUUUCUCAGUUCUUUCUUAUGGCCAUGGCAGGGUAUAUGUUAGUUCCUCUUUUGGUAUAAUGCCAAACAAAAGCAUGCCAUCAAAUCUUCAUCCUACUCCGUGGGCUCUUUUGAUGGGGCUUGACCCCUUCAACAUGAUUUGUAAUGGUUGAGCAUGGAUGUAGAUGCUAUUCGGCUUAGGCAGAGAACAAAAGGCGAAGCUUCUAGAAAAUGAAGGCAUGAGAGGUUAAGAUAGACAAAAGGGUCCUUCUUUCUCAUUUAUAUAUUUUGUUAUAUUCGAUUUGUCAUUCCAAAUUUAGGGAGUUGUCAUUUACUCUAUUAAUCAAUUUAUUCUACCAUUAUCUAUAUAUCUAUUUGAUUUCUUUCCCAUCUUCUGGUUGAUGUAUUUGUCCCAACACUGACGAUGGUGCAUGCUCUAAUGAGAUGGCCACGACAAAUACCUUUCGAGAAAUUUUGAUGACACUCCCGGGUUGGUUUUACCCGAUGAAUGAUGAUUUAUCUUCAUUUUCUUGGAGUGGUUCUUGCCAUGUUGUUGCAAGAUUAGUCAACAUAUAUACAAAUCUGAGAGGGGAAAGUUUGAAGCUCGCUAUUCGAAUUUACUUACAUUUUAAAGCGACGGAUGCUUUGCGGUCAAAUGAUGGAUGUUCUCAAGCUGGCAAAGAUAGUAGCUAUGAAAGUUUAACUAUGUCACAACAGCUUAACAAAGCUCAUGAAGUUGUACCGGCAUGUAACAGAUAUGCUUUAUUGUUUCAUGGGUUGGCUGUGACUCACAACAAAUCAUGGAAGAUCUUGCAUUGGAGGUUCAGAAAGUCUGCUCAUUUGAAGUUGGAUGUUUUGCUGUUGUGGUUCAUUUGAAGGUGAAGAAUAAAGUUAUCUUCAAGGAAAUGAAAUCAUUUAGCUUUUGUUCUCUAUCGGUGAAUUUCUUUUUUUGUACUUUAAAGUGAUAAUCACUUAUAAUGGAAUGUUUGUUUUGAAUUUGAUUGGAUAAGUCCAAUACCAAUAGAUGUUACUAGACAUUACUAAUGUUAUUUUGUUUUUCAUCAAAUUCUUUAUUGCUAUCGUUCACCGAA